AUGCAGAACAGGUUCACUCUUCAGUGCCUCGCACUCGCACUGCUGGCACUCUGUGUGGCCGUGUCGGCCCAGAACAGCGCUUCAUCAACACAAGCAGCUUCAAGCAGCAACGCGCCUGCAUCGAGUGGAAGUGCCACCGCAUCUCCGUCAGCGUCCGGCUCAGCAUCAGCUUCUGGGACCGGCUCGAGAAGCGGCAGCGCCAACAUCACCUCGACCGGCUCCUCCAACUCCUCUUCCAGCGCCUCGGCCACCAGCACCACUCCCACCACCUACCCGAUCGCAUCUGUACCGAGCACGGGCUACUUGGCCGGUACCGCAGCUGCUCCCGUUCCAGCGGGUGCUGCAGGUGCUUCAGAGACAACGGGUCCGAACGAUAGCCACGUCGUCAGUGCUGGAGAGAUGCUACGCGCCACGAUGCCUGCUGUAUCGGCGAGCAUUUUGGCGCUGGGCGUGGGUGUCUGGGUUGUGCUUUGA